AUGCUGCUCUGUUCUCUCACUAAUACACCAACGGAGAAUCCGGUAUUAUCCCUGAAAUCAAAGUGUAUUUUUGAUGGAGAAACACUUGAAACAUAUAUUACCACAAAUGGGAAAGACCCAAUAAACAACGAGCCGAUGGACAAAACAGAUAUUGUUCCGAUAUCCAGACUAUCUGCUACACAACGAAUGCCACAGCUGGAGGAAUUGAGUAAGCCCGAGUACUCGUCAAUACCUACCAUGCUAACUGCUUUUCAAAAUGCGUGGGAUUCACUGAGUAUAGAAUUGUUCCAAUUACGAAAUGAAUUGAACCAAACUAAAAAAGAACUUUCUUUAGCGUUGUAUAAGCAAGAUGCCGCUGUUCAAGUUGCUGUUGAAGCUUGUAAGGAAAGGGAUGAUGCAAGGUAUGCACUCUCAAAGCUGGUUGUUGAUGGAUCAGUUUCUAAUGACAGUGGUGGAAACAACACUAAUGGAAUAAAUGGAAAAAAUGAAGUCGACGAUGUUGUGCUGACUGACGACUGGGAUGAUGCCGUCAGGAUGCUCAAAGAGGAGCAAAGCAGAUUAUUGCAGAUACACAAAACUGAAAAUAAGUCAAGGAAGGGAAAGUCGCCUAUAAUUCCACUAUUAGCAGAUUCCCAGUCUUUAAAGAUACAAUUAUAUGAGAAUACUGAAUUAUUGGGUACAUAUGGUACCGUAUCUAAGGUUCGGUUAAACAAGGCAGAAGCAAUCAUCAAGUAUGAUUCUGGAAAUGUUCUACUAAUCAAUCUUGGAGAGCAGCUAGAAUUGUUGAAUAAAAUGAAAUCAACAGUUGGAUCGUGCAUAUUUUGGAUGACAAAUGAGCCAUAUUUAAUAUCAGAAGUGCCACGUAAAGGCCGUAAAAGAAAGAACGACGGAGAAAUCAAGCAUGAAUAUCAGCUCACUAAUCUCAGAACGAAAGAGGUUCAAAAGAUAAACACUUCUUUGAACAUCAUCAACGUUGAGUCACACCCUUCCUUAUCUCUAUUUGUUGUUGCUUCGGAAACAGAAUUUGAAGUUUUCAAUAAUAUGACCAGUCUAUUUAUUCAACAAUGGGAUGGAAAAAUAAAGGAUAUUAAAUUUCAUCAAGAUGGUAUACUUAUUGGAUUGUCCACAGAAACAGGUAUUAUUAUUUAUGACUUAGCUGAUCGUGGGUCUAAGUUAAGUAUUGAGUGUGCCGAACUUUUAGAUUUCAGCUUUGCGGCUAAUGGAUACAAUAUUUUUGUUUCAAAUCCAGAUAAAAUCAUGCUUUAUGAUAUCCGUAAGAACAAAUUUACUAUGGAGACACCCUUGGCAGAUUUACAGAAAAAUGGUUUUGUGUUCGACAUGUAUACAUCAAUUGUUAUAUCGGGGAAUCAAUAUACCGCAUCGGCCAACGGUAAAGUAUGGAGUGAACCUUGUCAGUUACACAAUUCAGAAUACAAUGUUUUAGCUAUUUGGGGGUCUGAUUCUAAAUUACUUGUGACAGACAAUGAAAAUAUAUACGUUGCAAAACUUGUAAACUAA